AUGACCAUCACAUCGGGGCCCGAGAGCUCCUUGGACGUUUCCACCGAUCCCAACGUGACCGAAAAGCCGCAGCCAGAAUUUACCCUGCGCGCCAUCAUCCCUGGUCUCUUAAUCGGUUGCCUUCUUUGCUUCACCAACCUCUAUUUCGGUCUCCAAACGGGAUGGAUCAGCAUGAUGUCCCUCCAAUCUGCCCUCUUGGGUUAUCUCCUUUCCCUCGCUCCUGGAUUUCCAAAGCUGCCCAAGUUCACCGCACAGGAGAAUGUGAUACUACAAACCGUGGCUGUGGCUACGGGGACAAUGCCCCUCGCUGCGGGAUUUGUGGGCAUUAUACCCGCUCUGGGGCUGUUGAAUGUUGAGGAAGACGGGCAGGGGCCUCUCAUUCUCGGUUUCUGGCAGGGCAUAGGAUGGGCGAGCGCAGUCGCCUUCUUUGGGGUGUUUCUUGCCGCUCCCUUGAGGAAACAAGUGAUCAUCAAGGAGAACCUACCAUUCCCUUCGGGGACAGCGACUGCCCAGCUCAUAUCGGUGAUGCAUAACGAGACCCCGCCUUCCCUCCGACAUCGCCAUCCCCGCUCACAGCCCCAAUCGGGGGAGUAUACCGCUCUUUCCGCUGAUGACCCUGAACGACUUCCUCCCUCCACCCAACCUUCAGCGGAAGAAGCAGAAGAGGCCGACGCCCUCCUUUCCCGCUCCGAGCUCAAGCGCUCCGCCUCCGAAGGCUGGCGUGCCCUCGCCUGGUCCUUCCUCGCCAGUGCUGUCCUCACUCUUGGCGCAUACUUUCUUCCGGUGCUGUUCUUUAUCCCUGUGUUUGAUAUUUUCUACUCGGGGCUCGCGAGUGACUGGCUUUGGUGGUUCAGCCCUAGUUUGAGUUAUGUUGGCAUAAUAAUGGGAUUCCCCAUAACACUCUCUAUGAAUCUCGGCAUGCUCACAGGCUGGGCAAUCCUUUCCCCCCUCGCACAUUAUCAAGGCUGGGCCCCCGGUCCAGUAGGGGACAUGCAAACCGGUUCUCGAGGGUGGAUCCUCUGGGUCUCUCUAUCAAUCAUGUGUGCUGAGUCUGUUGUCUCCCUCUUACCAGUGGUGUGGGAAGCCAUUUUGCUCCUCCUCCCGCAUCGUCAGAAGCCUGCGGAAGACGAAGACGAGGAGAGACUCGUUCCUACUAAGUGGUGGGCUUGGGGAUUGGGCCUGACGGCCCUCCUGGGGGUGGGCGGCGUGUGGGCGGUGUUUAGAGAUGAGGGAGGGAAGAUUUGGGCCGUCGCUGUAGGGUUCCUCAUGGGAGGAGUGUUGAGUGUCCUCGGUGUCCGAGCCCUGGGGGAGACGGACCUCAACCCCGUCUCCGGGCUGGGGAAGAUCAGCCAGCUCUUGUUCGCUGUCCUCCAGCCUGGGAAUGUCGUUGCCAAUAUCAUCGCCGGCGGUGUGGCCGAAGCUGGGGCACAGCAAGCGGGGGACCUGAUGCAAGACCUGAAAACCGGGCACCUUUUGCACACCGCUCCCCGCGCGCAACUCUAUUCCCAGCUCCUAGGUUCCCUCUUGAGCAUAUUCGUCACUGUUGGCGCGUACGACCUCUACAAGCGUGCAUACCCCAUCCCCGGGCCUUCCUUCCCUGCCCCGACAGCCUAUGUUUGGCUCUCACUCGCCCGACUGUUGAGGGACGGCAGCCUCCCACCCAAGAGCGGAGUGUUCAUGCUCGCCUCUGCAGGGCUGGCAAUUGCAGUCGCUAGCGUGAAGGUCUACGCUCAACGGCGCGGGUACUCGUGGGCCAAAUGGGUCCCUUCAGGAGUCGCGUUCGCCAUUGGCUUUCUGAACACGCCGAGCUUUUCGAUUGCCCGUCUCAUUGGCGGCAUUAUCGAGUAUAUGUACUAUCGACGCGUGGGGAAGGGACAUGAGGGCAUAUGGCUCAUUAUUGUCGCUAGCGGGUUUGUAUUGGGCGAGGGAACGAUGAGCGUCCUAACGCUUGUAUUCAAGACGCUUGGGAUUGGGGCGGUGACGUGCUGGGGGUGUCAGGGUGGGAUAUGCCCAAGCUGUUGA